AAAGAAACUCUGCACUCUGAACUACAAACUCUCGCGAGAUAAUGUGAUACGGACUACCUAGAAUUAGGCUAUCACCCUGACCAAAGGUAAACUCGCCACCUACAAACGAAGCAGGAUUAAUUAAUCAGCGGUCACAGUAACGGUAUCCUGCAGCCGCCUUACUCUCUGACUCGGCUUCCUGUAUGCGAGAAGUUUGCUCAUCAGCUGGCACGCUCUGCGUUUCGCAAGUGACCUACUUAACUUUGCAGAGAAAAACAGGGGUGUUAAACGGCGUAUAGAGGAGACAGGUUCAAAGGAGUGUGAGCGUAAUACCUGCACAGGUAACAGAAACACACCUGGAGCAGCAGCGUGAGUGCGGUGCUGUCUGCGAAUGGCUGAAGCUGUGGAGCUCGGCUCGGUGUCCAAGGGGGUCCGGACCAUGUUUUUCAUGCUCACACCGAACGAAUCAUCUUUUCAGAAAAUGGAAGAUGUUCCUCAGUAUGUGCAGCAGGCCACUCCUUUCUUUGUAGGGCUGAUGGUGCUGGAGCUGGUGGUGGGCGUGCUGAAGACAGGAGCCCCAGUGGUCACUAUCAGUGAUGGACUCACCUCCAUAUCUGCUGGAAUGAUCUCCAGACUCCCACUGUUGUUUAUGAGAGGCUGUGAGGUGACAGCUUACAUGUAUGUGUGGGACCGGUACCGCUUGGUGGAGCUGCCCUGGGACUCUGCCUGGACCUGGUGGUUCAUGUUCCUGGGCGUGGACUUCUGCUACUACUGGGUCCACCGCUUCGCUCACGAGGUGUCCAUCCUUUGGGCUGCUCACCAGGUUCACCACAGUUCAGAGUACUACAACCUCACCACCGCCCUCAGACAGUCCCUCACCCAGCAGUUCACAUCAUGGAUUUUCUACCUGCCCAUGGCUCUGGUUGCACCCCCCACGGUCUUCGCUGUUCACAUACAGUUAAAUCUUCUCUACCAGUUCUGGAUCCACACGGAGCUGAUCAGAGACCUUGGUCCUCUGGAGUGGGUCUUCAACACCCCAAAACAUCACAGAGUUCAUCACGGGAGGAACCUUUACUGCAUUGACAAGAAUUACGGAGGAAUUCUGAUCAUAUGGGACCGAUUAUUUGGUACCUUUGCUCCAGAGACAGACAAAGUGGUGUACGGCCUGGUGUUCCCUAUCAAAACCUUUGAAAUCCUCUAUGUUCAGUUGCACUACUAUUUGUAUUUGUGGAGAAGGUCCAACACCUACAAGACUAUCACCAACAAAGUGUCGACUUUCUUUAAAGGUCCAAGUUGGAAACCUGGUAAAUCUCGGCUAGGUGACCACGAGGACAAUCCCAAGGUUACCGGAAAGGAAGUGCCUCAUGAUCCCAGCUGGUCGCUGCCUUUACACAUUUAUGUGGUCAUACAUUUCCUGUUGGUGCUGCGGACUUACCAUGAUUUGUUUGAAAACAAGAUGAUACUGUCCCAGUUAACCAUUCUGGGGAAGACCGGCUACGUUCUGCUCACUCUCACCUCCCUGGGCUUCAUCAUGGAUCAGAGGCCAACAGCGGCUGUCUUGGAGAUGCUACGCUGUGUCGUCAUGGUGACAAUGCAGAGGUACAGCUACAUGAAGCCCCUGCUGCCUUCACUGGCUGUGCCCACAGAGGCCUUUGUCUCCCUCUCUCUGCUGUACUGGGCUCUGCAGAGCUUCUCUCAGCUGCUCAGCAUCAAGAAGAAGGCCGACUGAGUCAACACGAGACGACGACAGACCGAUGGGCUGAAAUUUUUAUAUUUUGAAGUCUGAACUGUUGACAUAAUUCCAUAGUAACACAUUUUUAAUCACCUUAAACAGUGUGUUCGACCUCAUCUGUAUGUGGCAUCCAUCAACUUCUGUUGUUUUUUUAUUGGAGAAGUGAGACAAAGCAGCUGUUUCAGCUUCUGCUUGAUUCACUUUUUAAUUUCUAUGUAUAACUGGUUAAAGACUGUAUAUAACUUAAGCUUUAUCAUCAAGUUUAUCAAGUUUAUCACGUCAAACCAAUUAACAUUUUUAGAUUUCACCUGAGCAACUGUGUAAAUUAUUUUUUUGCCUUUACUAUGCAACAUAUACCUCUUGUAAAAUAAAUGCUGGUCAUACUUAUGCCUAUUAAUAUACACCUUUGGCUUGCACAACACUGUACAGUAUAUUGUUUUAUUCAUUGCAAUAAAACAUUUAUAAUUUUGCUCUA